GAAAUAGUUUCAACUUCCCUUCGCCCAUGUCACUAAAGAGACAUUGCAUGUCCGGCCCACCGAGCUGGCCAAUCGCAGGGGUGAAUUCAAACCCAAUUCAUCUUCACGACAACGGGGGUGCCGCCGUCGCCAUGGACAUGGACUCGCUGUACAUCCCGCACCACCACCACUCGCUACCAGCUAUGUACACGGGGCUGCAGUCGCAAUCCACGUACUCCACGUACGCGUCCUUGUACAGCGCGUUGGAACUAUAUUGGCUGUGUGCCGUUCCACUCGUCAUGCUCGUCAUGCCGCUGUGCCUCUCGUGCAUCCCUAUUGAUGCUGCACUCCGCACUGUGCUGAAACCAUCGCUCGUGUCUGCGGUCCUGCAUCCGUCGACCUCUCCAUCAGCAACUUCUUCACCUUGUUCAACGAUCAAUCCGUCGUGGGUCAUUCCCAAGCACAUGGCCGUCGUAAUGGACGGCAACCGCCGGUACGGACGCACCAAAUACGGGAUUCCCGUCCGCGGCCACCAGGAAGGCAGCCAACGACUGGUGGAUUUCUUGACGUGGGCAAUGUCCGCGGGGGUCGAGAUUCUCACUGUGUAUGCAUUUUCCACGGAGAACUGGAAGCGCGACGCCGCCGAAGUGAAGGCGCUCAUGGGCAUCUUCGACACGUUUAUGCAGGAUAUCAUCCCCGAAGCUCUCGCCCGCAACAUUCGCGUGUGCGUGCUGGUGUCGGAUGCAACCCACCUCCCCAAGUACAUCCAAGCGUCCAUCCGAGACAUUGAGGCCGCCACGAAGCACUGCUCUGCGUUCACGCUGAAUAUUUGCGCCAGCUACGGAUCGAGAAACGAGAUUGCAGUCGCGUGCCGGGAAAUCGCCGUGAAAGUCGCGGCAGGCGAGAUGGAUGCGAACCAAGUGACCGAGAAGGUCGUGAGCGAUCACUUGCUGACACGUGGACUCCCCGACCCCGAAGUCCUCGUGCGGACGUCGGGUGAGUUGCGCGUGAGCAACUUUCUCAUGUUCCAAAUCGCGUACGCUGAGCUGAUUUUCGUGGACAAGAUGUGGCCGGCACUGACCCACGACGACUUCGUUGGCAUUUUGGGCGAGUUUAACCGCCGCCAGCGCCGAUUUGGAAAGUGAGUUUCCGGUCGAACCGAAUGAGCUUGCGUGCCACAUCAACACAAGUGUUAAUGGUUUCAUGCAAUGGGACGGAGGCGAUGGAUGCACGGAAGGAGAUGAGGACUACUGUUCGUCGUGUCUGUUUAUGAAUGUAGUGCGCAUGCAAGCCAUGCGCUGCUCCUCCCAGCAAGUCGUGAAUUGCACCUCCAUCGUCGCAUCUGCACGUCCAUGCGUGUAAUGUGUGCGAGAGUUGCUUGGG